UAGACAUGGGAGGCAAUUACAUUUCAAGAGAAAAGAAAUUGUAAACAUUAAACAUUAUUUUGUCAAAAUGACAAUAUUUAGUAUUUAUAUUAUUAAUAAAGCAGGUAGCUUAAUUUACCAUUAUGAUUCUCCAACUGUAGGCAGACCAUCUGUUGAAAAAACAUUUAGUUAUCCCCUCGAAUUGGUUUUAAAAGUUUUUGAUGAAAAGGUGGUUGUAGCUUUCGGCGAAAGAGACGGCAUAAAAGUUGGCCAUGCUGUACUGGGAAUCAAUGGAAUACCUGCAGAAGGAAGAGUCCUGGCAGAUAAAAGAGACAUUCUAGAAGUUUUAGCCACAGAGAGUAACUAUCCCAUUAAUAUUAAAUUUGGUCGACCUCACUUAACUACAAAUGAAAGAAUCAUGUUAGCCAGUAUGCUUCACUCUCUGUUUGCUAUAGGAUCUCAGCUUUCCCCAGAACCACAUUCCUCGGGUAUACAGUCUCUUGAAACAGAUACAUUCAAACUACAUUGCCAUCAGACUAUGACAGGUGUGAAGUUUGUGAUCAUAACAGAUCCCAAACAAUCUCACGUGGAUGCAUUAUUGAAAAAACUGUAUGAAGUGUAUUCAGACUAUGCCCUCAAGAAUCCUUUUUAUUCAUUAGACAUGCCAAUCAGAGCUGAGCUGUUUGAUGUAAAUCUCCAGGCUGUGAUGGAACAAGCAGAUAAACCUGGACUUGGCAACAAUUAGCUUUAACUGAUUGAAACUAUUUUGAAAGUUAAAUUUUGUGUAUGUGAUUUAUUUUUUUUUAAGUUAUUUAUUACACAUGACUGGUAUAAACUAAACAGUUAAAAUAAAGAAUAAAAACGUUUUAUAUGUUUCAAGACAAAUCUUUCACAUCAACAUAGACUAGUGCAGGGGUGGGCAAAUGACGGUCCGCAGGCCACAUGCGGCCCGCUGACACCUACAGAAAUUAGGUGUGCCCACAGUAUAUACAUAUAAAAAUGCAAAUAUAAAAAUAAUAUCUAUAUAAAUUAUUAAAACUGUCUCAUAAUAAAAAGUUUUAAGUAAAUGAAGAUUAUGCUUAUAGGCUAUACACUCAAUUCAAGACACAAUCUCUGAGUGUUGGGUAGGCUUGGAACAAGAUGGCAAGUGUAACAACAGAUGGAGCUCAAUCUUUGACUGAAAAAAAUAAUUUUUUUUUUAAUAAAAAAAUAUCCCAACCAUAAACUCUUAACAGGAAAGUUUGCAAAAAGCUGCAUGAAAUUUCUGCAUGGCCCCAAUUUACAAUUAUCAAACCUAUUAGAAUUAGGGGUGUUAACCUAGGGUAGUUCCGAUUUAUCCGCUAGCCUAGCGUGGGCAAGGCAAAUGAGAAGAAUAUAAAAUCUCAUGGAAGAAAAUGUUAUGUUAUUUGAAGGACAUUGACUGUGACUGUUACCAAUAUUUCUAAUGAGUGGAAGACAGAUUUCAUGUUUUUUUUUUCAUAAUUGCUUUUGCAAUUGGUUGUUUACAUAUGCAAUGUAAAUGCAAGUUAAAAUCUUUUCAAACAAGGCUUUCCCAAUUCUAUAGGCAAGCAAAAGAAAAUAGUUUUUGUCAUUUUCAUUUGAUGAAAUGUGAAACUAUUUCUACUUAAAUGAUUAAAAGUACAACACUUAUUAAGAUUCCUUAUUUGUGCCAUUUAUAAAAGCAAAUUUUAAGAUGACAAGAACCAGUUUUCAAUACCAUCAGCUCACCAUUUAUUGCAGAAGCUGGAUUCAGCUUCCGAGGACAUAACUCCAAGCAAAGAGAAAUUCCAGUCAGUACUACCACAGUAGUCUUAUGGGUGUCAGAAGCUGCAUUUCCACACUUUAAAAAAAUGUACUGCUGUUCACACUAUUUGGGUACACAUUCAUCUGUUCUUCUUCUUCGUUCUCAUUUUACAUGUUGCAGGUUUCAGAUCAGUAAUCCUAUAUCUGAGAUGAACCGCACAGUGGUUUCCAGAUCAGGCAGUUCUCCUAAUAGUCUUUGGAGAGUCUUGUUUGGGUCUCUUGAUUUAGUAUGCACCAUUGAAGAACAUGGUCAGCAUUUUCUGGUGAUGCUCCACAAGGGCAAGUUUCGCUCUUCCCAAUAUUUCCGGAACAUAUAUUGUCUGAUUCAGUGAACAAGCAUUUUAUUUUUUGGGGAAACUAAAACAGUAUAAUUACUGGUCAAUGUGGACUGACUAAUUUGACAGUAGUCAUAGGGAUAACAACUAGUAAUCUAGUUUCACAGUUCCGGAACAUUAUGCACGAGUGUAAAAAGUAAAAUACUGCACAUAAAGUACACCUGUAUACUUGUGGGGAUAUUGUGAAAUAAAAAGACAUCAAUUUUUGAGAAAAAUUGUAAAAUUGUUUUCAAAAAUUGCUAACUCUUGUUGUAAUUGUUGAACGUGGAGUAUGAAAAAAAAAAAGAAAGAAACGUGAAUAUAAAUCAGUGUAAAUAUGAGUUAAAAGACAUUCUACACAGUUAGCAAGCGGCCCGCCAUUCCCAAACCUUUUUUAAUGCGGCCCUCGAUACAAAAAGGUUGCCCACCCCUGGACUAGUGCAAUGGUUUACCAACAAAAUACUUUUUUGUUGUUUUUAAAUGUCAGUAGUGUAAAGUAAGGUAAGCUUAAAAUUUAAAAAAAAUGUAUUCUGCUAUUUCUUCAAUAUUGAAAAAUGUUUUGUUUGUUAUUAAAGUGCAAUCUAUUUUUUUUUAUAUUGAGAACUUCAUAGUGGACUUCAACCCUUUUUUUUUUUUAUUGUCAACAAAUGCAAGAAAAGAAAAUAUAUUUCUCACAUUAAGACUACUGCACAUUUUAGUUAAAUUGAAUCCUUUUAUUUUUUGCUUGAAGAAGUUUAUGGUUAAUUAAAUUUUUUAAAAAUGCUUGUUGCAAUGGAAUUCUUUAAGUUUUCAAAUUGUUUUGUAAACAUUUUUAUUUGUUUUGAAAAAUGCUUUUAUAUGUAAAUAAGUACCGGUACUUUCUAAUUUUUCUUUUUGAAAAAUUGUUGUUUCAAUGAGAAGAUCUCCUGUUUAGUGACUGGUUGAGUUAAUAAGCACUCAGCUUCCGAUCAAAAAGUCCUUGUAGAAGAAACAUGUUUUUCAUUUGUGAACAUAAAAUCAUCUUCUAUUCUGGCUGUUUGGCAUACGAGUUCAAACCCUGCCACUGCUUUUCUGCAGGUUUCAAUUAGGUCAUAAUUAUUUUCAUUUCUGAAGGAACAUCCGUAAUUUGUAAGAGGGAUCAGAAGGUUUGGUCUUGAAAGAGAGCUUCAUUUACUACCUGUGUGUGUGUGUCACUCUCGUUUAAUACUUUUUAUCAUUAUGCUGGAAGCAGCUUCUUUAAGUCUGCUGAAAGCAUUUUGUUAAUAAAUCUAUGUGAAAAAAAAUGUAACACAUGCUACUAAGUAUCAACUAUUUUAUUUUCACUGUUUAUAAAAUGCAGUUGAUGUUAGUUGCUAUAGAUUUACAUUGCCUGCAUCUUCACAAAUAUUACUCUAGUGGACUAAUUUUUCACCUACCAACUUGUUAUUUAUAAUAAUAGUCUAAAAAUAGUUAAUAGUGUGAAUGCCAUUUUGACAUGAGUUUGUAUGUGAUGUGUAGUUCUGUACCAAGGGGAGUGCACUCAAGUUUGUGCCACAUCAUCUCCCUUUAUCUUGUUUAUUGAUUUUCAAUUUUCGUUAUGCAUCUUUCUUUUCAACUCUUGUAUUAUAUCACUAUUAGAAUGAUAGAAAAUGUAAUUUGGUUAUCUUACAUUUCUGAACUAACCUGUAUUCAUGAUAAAGUAGGGUAUACAUUUUUGCUUCUUGUUUACUUUACCAGAUAUAUUUUCUAUGACAUUAGUAUUAGGCUGUCUUUUUUUUUUACCCUAUAUCUAUUUCUGCACUUGGUCAGAGGAAUGUCAUCAGUUGACAUACAACCUCCAUAAUGACACUUGAUCCUUGAAAUUAACAUUUACAAGACAUGUUUGUUCAUUAUGGAAAAUUAGGCAAAUAUAUUUCCAAGUUUCAAGGUAAAUAUAUUUCAAUGUUUCAUCUCCUUAUUUAAACAUUUUGCACAAUUAAAAAUUGUUGCUUAGUGUCGUGUACACAAUAAAUAUUGAACUAUU